AUGACAUCCGGUUCCUCACCCAUAGGUCACGAUGAGGAGGGCAGGGGUCUGGACGGCGCCCGACAGACCGCCCACUACUUGCGCUCGACGGGUGUCCACGAGUUUGAGUUCAUCCUCGACGAGGGGCCCUUCAUAUUAGAUGGGGUGCUGUUGGGCACCGACCGCUCCGUAGCCAUGAUCGGGGUCACCGAAAAGGGUUUCCUGAACGUCAAGCUCACCGCUAAGGGAACGGUGGGUCACUCAUCGGUACCGCCGUUAGAGACGUCGAUAGUGUCGCUAUCGAGGGCGGUGUCCAAGUUUGGUGGACACAUACACCCGAAUAACUUCGGUAUGGGUCUCGAGAAGGACAUGAUUGAAGCCCUGGCCCCUUAUUGCACCUACUUUUACAAAGUCUUAUUCGCAAACCUCUGGCUUUUCGGUCCAAUUGUGUCCAAACUGUUAGAAAAGCAUUUAGUUAUGAAUAGCUACGUAAGGACUACCACUGCGGUCACAAUGUUUAAGAGCGGCGUUAAGGACAAUAUACUACCGGACGAGGCGUCGGCUACUAUUAACCACCGGAUAUACCCAUUGAGUUCGGUGUCGGAAACGGUAGACUUCGACCGGGAAGUCAUAAACGACGAGCGCAUACACGUGGAGGUGCUGGGCGUGCCCAUAGAGCCCCAUCCUAUCAGCCCAUACGGGGACCGGAGUUUCGGCUUUCAGACCAUCAAGAAGAGCAUCCGACAGGUGUUCCCCAAAGUGGUGGUCAUACCGGGCAUUAUGACAGCCGCGACCGACACCCGUUGGUUCCUGAACUUCACGAGAAAUAUCUACCGUUUCUCACCGGCGUAUAUAGCGGUGGACGACUUGCCCCGCAUCCACGGCCACGACGAGCGGAUAUCCGUUGAUAAUUACGUAAAACUCGUCAACUUUUACCACCACAUCAUCAUCGCGUCCAACGAGAGGUGUCUGGAGGUUAAGACAUCGAGAGAUGAACUUUGAUUACAACGAAAACUUUAGAUUAGUUUUUUUGAAUGAGUAGUUAGUUUACGAUUAUGGCAAUUGUUUGUAUGGAUAAUAAAAAUAUAUCAAUUAAUC